UCACAAGGAUGACGAUAUAUUUUCUUUUUCGAAAUAAAUUUUAAGAUUGCAUCAACUUAUGCGUAUAUAUUUCAAAAAAGACGAUUUCAGAAACACUUUUAAACGUUUCUUGAAAUGAAAAAAUAGUUUGUAUGAUGUGACAUUGUGUAUUGUUUUAAAAAACACGAAUUUAUGAAAGUAGAUAGUUAAUUCGGACUAAUAUUACGGACAUCAUUCUAAAAUGGAUCGAGGGCGUACUAGAGUGUCAUACCAGCGAAAUCCAAACUUUUGUGAAAGGAUUGGUCAGAGUCUUAUUGGAAUUUUAAUAGGAUCUGCCAUUUUGAUUGGAUCAUCUGUAUUAAUAUUUUGGAAUGAAGGUAGAGCAGUGCAGACCGCCAAGUCGCUAGAUGAGGGUUUAAACAUUGUCGUAAGCUUAGACAACCCUAACAUUGUGUCUGCAGAGAAUCAUGGGAAACUGGUUCACCUCAUAGGCAGCCUUCAAACAGACAAGGAGCUGCAUGAUGAGGCCUACAACAUCAAUGUUCAUGCUGUUAAGUUACGACGUGUCGUUGAGAUGUUUCAGUGGGAGGAACACGAAACUGAGAGAAAAUAUGACGAUGGAAAUGGGGAAACAAGAGUAGAAAAAGAGUAUUCAUAUUCUCAGGUUUGGAGGAGCAGUGUCAUUGUUAGUCGAGGAUUUGAUGACUCCUUUAACCAUAGAAAUCCCACAGAAAUGCCGGUUCCAUCAAAGAAUUACGCUGCCCAAGAAGUCACAGUAGGACAGUUUGUGAUGUCAUAUGGUUUAAAAGAAAAGAUCAACAAUUUCAAACAGCUGGGACUGUCUGACAGUGACAUUCACACACAAUCAAGGGUGAAAGUUCAUAAUGACUACUUUUAUCACAGUGAUGACGUCCACAGACCUCAGAUUGGUGACACACGUGUGAAGUUUGAGUAUGCUGGCAUCAGUGGAAAAUCUUCACUUGGGACUCCAGACAUGGUAACCAUUGUGGCCAGGCAGAUUGGUGAAAAACUUCUGCCGUACAAGACCGUAGCGGGUGAUACACUUGAGCUGCUGUAUUUCGGUAGUCUUUCUCCCAAGGCAGUCUUUGAUCGUGAAAUGGUGCAGAACACAAUGUUUACAUGGGGUCUAAGAUUCGUUGGAUGGCUUCUGAUGUUUAUCGGUUUCACCUGUCUUACAAGCAUUGUCACUACACUCGUGGACUGGAUCCCGAUUGUCAGAGACUUGGUGACCAUGGGUGUCUGCCUGAUGAACUUGAGUCUCUCCAUUAGUCUUUCUCUCACGAUCAUCGCGAUCGGCUGGAUCUUCUACCGUCCUCUCCUCGGAUUCGCCAUCCUUGCAAUGGCGGCCACGCCGUUUAUUAUGAGUCAGUUCCGUGGUCAGCCGGCACGGUCAAGAAUGGACUGACUAUGGAAGAGACUAAGUAUGGGGUAUUGGACUGUGUCAGACAGCUGAUACACACAGCUUUAGUCUUAGUUUGACACCCCGGACUCAAGACUUCAAAUUCAGAUUUAAUUAUCAACACUGACUCUAUGAGAUAAACAUUGAUUGCGUCCAUUGGUUCAUAUGUUUCAUACUAAUUAUUCUAACAUUUUUUUUGCAAUAAAGCAUUAAUUACAUUUAAGGAUAUGUUUUGUUUUUGUUUUUAAAAAUGUUUUGUUUAAAUCUUAAUAUGUCAGUGAGUAAAGUGAGUCUAGUGUAUUAUAAGCUCGAGAUUAACAACGAGUGCAUGUGCAAUGUUCCAUAAUUCUUUUGAUGAGAUAGAGAAAGGACAAAUCUUAUCAUGACUAUUUAAGUAUUAUUUCGUGAUUAAUCUUUGAUAUAGUUUUCAGAGAGUUUCAGACAUGACAUCAAAUCAAAAUAAAUGCGCCUUCCUUAUUGAGUUAUUUUUUAUUAUUGUGAGAAAACAUAAAUACGGCUUGAUUUUUUUCAGUGCUCAUCUUGGAAUAGGUGUAUUGAUCAUACUAUUAUUUUGCAAGAUGUUUUUCUAUAAAUUAUGUGCCAACUUGUUCCUGUGAUGAGUUUUGUAUUGUUAUAUCAUGCAGGGACAAUCACAAACCAGUAUUGUAUUACUUCCAUUUAAAGCAUUGCAUGUUAGUCUAAUAUUUAAUCCUUUUAAGAAUAUUUCAAUAUUUCAAAAUAUAUAUUUAUAGAAUUGGAGUUGUAAUAGUUCUGAAAGCUUCUGAUGUCUUGUGUUUAUAUUUUUAAAGACUUAAAUACCCAUAUUUCAAUUGCACAAUGUACAUUUAGCUUAACACUUUCUACCAGUUGUUAAGAAAUACUUGAAAUGAAGGAAAAUGUACCAUUUUAACUUAAGUUGCUCUGUGUAUUUCUCGUAAGUAUUAAAGCUCAUGUUUUUGGACCAAAAAUAAGUUUUCCCGAUAUGCAUAGAAAAACACUCAUUUUAUCAUUAUUUUACCCUAUGGUAUCGAUAUUUCAGAAAAAAAUAAAAUUAAUGUAUGAAAAUGUAUUUGGUUUUAGUUGGGUGAGAAUCCACGCCAGUAAAACCAACAAAAAAUCCAAAACAGACAUCUUAACCACUAGGCAACCAGGGCUUGUAUAAGGUGAUGGGUAGUUCUACCUUUUAACAAUACAUUGAUUACAUCACGCAACAACAAAACGCUCAAAGCUGUAAUUAACCCUAAUGAAAAAGGUGGUCUUCAUAGAAGAUAUUUGAGCAACUAUCAACAUUUGCUGAAGGAAUCCAGCUUUUGGUAUCUUAGUUUAACACUCAUAAUGAUUUGCCAUACUUUAUUUGGCCCUACAAAAAUAUUGCAUUUUACAAGAACAUGACCGAGUAUCUUUACUUUACAACAUGCAUGCAUAAUGUAAUGAUUACUUUGUGCCAUAACAUUAUUACAUGUGAAUGUCCAAAUUUCUGGCUUGUCUUAGUUAUGUUUUGCCUUAUGAUGGUGAUUUGUUCUCAUUUUAGGGCCCUACAUCUACAUGUAUUAUUAAAAUAUAUUGGAAAGUACAACAUCAAAAAACGUUGUGUAUUUUUAAAAUUAGCUUUUAACAUAAGACAUUUUUUAGGAUGUAAACAUUAUUAAAUAUAAAGGCUCCUGAAUGAAAAACAAUGACGUUCUGAUUGUAACUAUUAUUUCCAUGUAUCAUAAAACAACUAAGAAGUUAAUUGAUUCAUAAAACAACUAAGAAGUUAAUUGAUUCAUAAAACAACUACGAAGUUAAUUGAUUCAUAAAACAACUAAGAAGUUAAUUGAUUCAUAAAACAACUAAGAAGUUAAUUGAUUCAUAAAACAACUACGAAGUUAAUUGAAUCAAUACUAACAUGACUAUAAGGUGUAUAAACUUUUAUGUCCAUUUUCCUAAUAUUCCUUACAUUUUGCUAAUUGAUUUUGUAAAUAGAAUUUUGAUUGGUACAACCAUACUGUACAUGUAUACAUGUUAAUGAUCAUAAAGAAUUCCUUUUUGUAUCAAAAUUGUUUUAUUAUAUUUUUUCGUUAUAUUAACUGUUCAUCAUGAAAAAAAUCUGGGUACUUUGAAUUUUAGACAGCCUUGGCAUCUUUGGCAUAGUCUGCGUUGUCGUCUGUGUUGUCGUCUGCGUUGUCGUCUGUGUUGUCGUCUGCGUUGUCGUCGUGGUGCGAAACCUUUAACGUUGGCUGUAACUCGAUCUCAAAACAUCCAAAUCUUCAUACACACAGAUACUGCUUACAUUUGUAGCAAGGCGCAUAACUCUUGCAUUGUUAAAUGUUGUAUUUUGCACAAUGUUUGACUGAAAAAAAGCACAGUCGAGUCAUGCGUUGACGUUCACAAUAAGGGGCUCAUUUUAUCUGGGACCAAUAACAUUUUUACCUACUCCCAGAUUUUAAACACAAGUAACAAGGAACACAGUUCCGAAAUUUAAAAAAAAAUCUGCGCAUUCCAACAAUGUCGGCCGCCAGUAAGGAAAUAUUAUUACUUAUUGUUCUUUUACCUAGAUUCGAAAAAUAUAUAAGUUUCAUUUAUUUAAUCACUUUUCAUCCAUGGACCAGUACUAUUUCUCUCCUCAUGUCAACUUUAUAAGAAAGCAUUUAUCAGAACUAUGUCAAUUCGGUACGCAAUUUACAACAGACCUCUGGUAUGUGAUACUUAACACGAGUUGACCAUGGGUUUUCAUGAUAAAUGUACCCGCUACCAUUAAUAUGAAUGAUUGUUAAGGUAUUGUAACGUAAUUAAAAUUGUAAUUAUUACAUGCAUGUAUGUGCUCUCAAAUUGCUCAGUAUACCAUUGCAUAAUUAAUAAACUAAUAAUCAUU